UGAAAUCUUCAGUCCAAGUCAAACUGAGUAUGGCCUUGAACUUGAAUUAUCUAUCCCAUGUUAAAUAUUUGAGCUUAGAUUGGAAAACAAAGGUUGAAAAUAGGGUCGGAUUGGAAAAUACAGAUUCAAAAUUUUUGGUUGAUUCUAGGAGAGUAUACUAAAGAUCAUUCUACUUAAAAAGUAUACAGUAAUUAAAACUGUUUUAAAAUACUAAUUAUAUUAUUAAGAAAACAUAUAAACUCUUUAAUUAUUUCCUUAUAUUAAUAAAUGUUCACAUUAUAGUGUGUUAAUAUAUAUAUAUCUAUAAAUUCAAGAUGAGUUUGAAUUUACAACUACUGAUUGGAUUUGUAUUUGACCAAUACCUCAAUCCAAACCAAAACAGAAUUCAAUAUGAAUUUGGACCUUUAAAUAUAAGCCUGACCCCGAGUUUAAUUUAUUGAUUUUCUUUUUGGUUGUUGUUGUAGUUCUUAAAACUUAUUGACGGUCUCAUUGAAUUUACAGAAUAAUAUUGAUUCCUUGUACCAUUAGACCCUUGAUCCAGGUGAUACGAGCUCUCCUCCCUAAAGGGAAGGGGCUGGUUUGAGCCCUACAUGCGUCAGUGGGAUGUGUGAGUGCGUACUUCUGUUUUAUUUAUUUUAAUAUAUAUAUAUAUGUAUAUAUAUACUGAUUUCUGGUAGAAUGUCUGUCCCUUUUGAUUUGGAGUUUCUGCUUGAAGCAAGUUUUUUAGUGUCUUAAACUCUUUUCCUUUGCUUUUGUUUUUCUUUUCCCCUCUUGUUUUUUGACACCAGAAGAAAGAGAAUUUAAAAACAAAAGAGCCUAUUUAUUUGGAUAACCUAAUUAAUAGUUGAUGAUUGCAUAUGUUCAUGGAGCUGGCACUAGGUGUUUGUUCAGUUGACUUCUAACUAGUUAGUGGUUUAUGUUUGCUUUGUAGACUGGAUUUUCAUCUCCUGCUGAGGCUGGUAUCAUGAGUGACCUGGGCCUCUCAACUGCAGAAUACUCAGUUUUCGGAUCAAUAUUGGCAAUUGGAGGAAUGUUAGGUGCAGUAAUAAGUGGAAAAGUUGCAGAUCUCAUUGGCCAGAGAGGUGUAAGUUUUUUAUUUCUUUUUCCUCCUACCCUUCAGAUGCCUCUGGGCAUAGUAUAAAUUCUUGUUGCAAUCACUAUACAAAUACCUUUAUUUUGGUUGAUGUUGUUAUACAGGCUAUGUGGUUCUUGCAAAUAUUUUGCAUCAUGGGGUGGCUCUCAAUAAUUUUCACAAAGGUUUAUUAAACUUGUUUCCUUCCCACGACCGUUGCAUUCCUUUAUACUUCAUUCUACAGCCAAGAGCAACUAUUCAUACUGCAAAUAUUAUAUGUUUUCACACAUCCUAGCAAUCAAGGGACUUUUAAGGUGUCCAUAAAGCAACUUUAUAAGAAUUGACUUCCCAGGGAAACCAAGUGCAAUUACGAAAAACUUCUAAGUGAACCUAUUUUCAUUUUUGUUUUGUUCAAGUUACAUGCUGGGAUCACUCUUCCACUUGAUUUUCAUUUUAAAAUAUGACAGAACUAAAAAAUUUCAGCAUUAAACGUAACUUUUUAUGAAGCUGCUUGAGAAAGAUAUUAAGUUAUAUGUAUUUUGACUGUUCAUAAGAGCAUCAAAACCGAAAAAAAAGAAGAAGAAAGAGAGUGACAGUCAAUCUACAUCAAGUCAGUAGAAUUUUGAUUUUCAUUUUUUUGGAUGCCAUGAUUGAUAUUAAUUGUUCAGUGUUUGUCAAAAGGGAGCUUGGUGGCUUGACAUUGGAAGAUUAUCAUUGGGAUUUGGAGUUGGGAUUAAUUGUUAUGUGGCAGGCGUAUAUAUAGCGGAAAUCACACCCAAGAAUAUUUGAGGAGGAUGUUCAUCAUUUAAUAUGUUGUCAAUAAGUUUUGGCAUGUCAUUGAUGUUUUGCAUUGGAAAUGUCAUUACUUGGCGCUCUUUGGCUUUAAUAGGAAUUGUACCAUGUCUGGUGGAAGUAGUUGGUUUGUUCUUCAUACCAGAGUCUCCAAGAUGGUUGGCAAUGAUUGGUAAAGAAAGAGAAUCAAAAGCGACUUUGCAACAUCUGAGGGGGGAAAAUUGUGAUAUUUCUCAAGAAGCAGCUGAAAUCAAGGAAUACACAGAAAUUCUUCAAGGACUCCCGCAAUCCAGAAUUUUAGACUUGUUAGAGCGGAGAUAUGCUCACUCACUCAUUGUUGGAGUGGGGCUAAUGUUACUAGUACAAUUUGGAGGGAAUAGUGCAAUUUCAUCUUAUGCAAGUUCUAUUUUUGAAGCUGCUGGUUGUUCGGCUAGUGUUGGCACUAGAGCAAUGGCUACCAUUCAGGUUCGUAAGUGUAAUUUGAAUGUGGGAUUUUAUUUGACUUCAGUUACUGCAGCUGCAGCAUGCUUGGGAACCUUUCUUGCAGGACUUGCAUUCCUCUUGCAGGACUUUCACCAACAGAAGGAACUCACUGCCAUAUUGAUUCUGAGUGGCAUACUGAUAUUUUCUGCUGCUUUUUCGAUGGGCCAAGGUGGUACACCAUGGGUUAUCAUGUCAGAGAUAUUUCCUAUCAACAUUAAGGGUUCAGCUGGAAGCUUGGUGACUUUGGUCAACUGGUUCGUUGCUUGGAUUGUUACCUACACUUCUAACUUUUUAUUUGAGUGGAGCUCAGCAGGAGUAUUCUUCUUGUUCGCAACCAUUUGCGGUUUAGUUGUUCUAUUUGUUGCAAGAGUGGUGCCAGAGACAAAAGGACGGACAUUGGAAGAAAUACAAGCAUCCAUGAUUGAUCUCAUCCAAUGAGAUCGAUACUGUUACGAAAACUAAAUAAAUGUUCUAAUGUAUCCAUCUUCUUCUUUUUUGUGAUUUCCAUGAUAAACCUACUUGGGAUAGUUGUGAGCAUCCAAAUAUUAUCAAUAAAGGUCGUUUAAUAAGGACUGUUAAAAGUCCAUUUGUUAAGAUAGUGCAUCUUAUAGUGGUGGAAUGUUCAGGUGAUUAAGUAGUUACCUUGGAGUAAAAGCAACCAUUAGUGUAUAUGUCUUUUAAGCCUUACACUGAACAUUUAAAAGAAAUGAUAAAGUUGGCAAAAUUUCUAUAAUUAGGGAGCCUAGACCAAAAAAAAAAAAAUAAUAACAAUAGAAAUGAUAAAAUUUGUUUAUACGUCUUUUAACCCUUACA